UUGACUUCACAGCCUCACUUUUGCCCUGUGACUGCCUCCUGCCCCUCGCUUCUCUGCACUAUCGAUUCUGCUCUACUGUGGCGCUUUCUUCCCAGUCGCCCGCACUCUAUAUCCGGAAAUCUAUUUAUUCGCAUUCUCGCCCACUAACAUCUCUUCUCUCAUUCAGAUAAUCUUUCACAAUGGGUCACGAAGAUGCUGUCUACCUCGCCAAGCUCGCCGAGCAGGCUGAGCGCUACGAAGAGAUGGUCGAGAACAUGAAGGUCGUUGCCUCCGCCGAUGUAGAGCUCACCGUCGAGGAGCGGAAUCUCCUGUCUGUCGCCUACAAGAACGUCAUCGGUGCCCGUCGUGCGUCCUGGAGAAUCGUCACCUCCAUCGAACAAAAAGAAGAGUCCAAGGGCAACGAGUCCCAGGUCUCCCUCAUCAAGGAGUACCGUCAGAAGAUCGAGGCUGAGCUGGCCAAGAUCUGCGAUGAUAUCCUCGAGGUUCUCGACAAGCACCUGAUCCCCUCUGCCCAGAGCGGCGAGUCCAAGGUCUUCUACCACAAGAUGAAGGGUGACUACCACCGUUACCUUGCCGAGUUCGCCGUUGGCGACCGCCGCAAGGGCGCCGCCGAUGCUUCCCUCGAGGCCUACAAGGCCGCUACUGAGGUUGCCCAGACCGACCUUGCUCCCACCCACCCCAUCCGUCUCGGUCUCGCCCUGAACUUCUCCGUCUUCUACUACGAGAUCCUCAACUCCCCCGACCAGGCUUGCCACCUGGCCAAGCUCGCUUUCGAUGAUGCCAUUGCUGAGCUCGACACCCUGAGCGAGGAGAGCUACAAGGACUCCACCCUGAUCAUGCAGCUCCUCAGAGACAACCUGACUCUGUGGACCUCGUCCGAGGCCGAGCCCGCCGCCGAGGCGAGCGCCCCCGCCGAGAAGAAGGAUGAGGCCCCCGCUGAGGGCGAGAAGCCCGCCGAGUAAAUUCAUUAGAGAUGACAAAGGACUCGCGUCCGGACUUGGAUAGGGUCGGCCGGCCGACAAUCUGGAUCUUAGACUCAGAAGGCCCGGGGUAAGAAGAGGAUGAUGAAGCCAUUGCGCGCUUUGGGGUUCGUUCUAUCCGGCGAGCCCGGAAGGGAUGGGGCUUUGUCGGCCAUUCACUGGCUGACAGGUCAUGAACUUUGGAGUCAUGCAUUGGAUCUCUCGUCGCCUUCUUCGUCCCUGCUGGCCUUUUGGUGGCGUCGU